GAGGAGACACCACCGCUGAGUUUCAAGCACUGUCACAGAGUCAUGGAGGGGAAGGAGCGACCUACUGGAGGGCCUUAUUUUGUAGGGAAGAAGGAUGAACUGAUUGAAGCAAAUCGCUCUUUCAGAACACUAGAGGAUCGAGAUAUACUCGUCAUCCACCACCAGGGCAACUUCUAUGCUAUCGACUCCUACUGCUAUCAUGCUGGGGGAAUGCUGCAAGAUGGAGACAUUGAGGAACUUGGCGGCAAGCUGUGCAUAAUUUGUCCAAACCACAAGUACAAGAUCUCCCUUGCCAACGGGGAGGGCAUAUACAAGGCCAGCGACCCCAGGGUAAAGCCGCCCGUGCCCAGAUGGUACUCCAAAGGUUUGAAGCAGCGGACCCACACUGUCACUGAGACCAAUGGGGAUGUCUACGUCAAGCUCUCUGAGGACAAGUGCUGGCUCGAGUCAGACUUCUACCAGGGAGAGAAGGGCAAGGUGGAAAGGGCCAAAGCUGCAGCUGAGAAGAAAACAUAGUAGUAUAACAGAUGGAUAAGGAUCGUAUAGUCUCCAAUGAUCUCCUAUAAAUGAUGCAUGAUGACGCUAUGCAAAAGAUGUCAGUUGUCAUGUAACCAUAAGGCGUGCAUGGCCUUAGAAAUGGGCUACUUAGAAUGAGUACUUUUAAAUUAAAUUGUUGUAAUUAUGGUUUGGUAGUUGUUUACGUCAUAUUAAAAAGUUUACUACAGAAUUAGGUCACUUAUUCAUAUGUCAUGUUGACCACUGCAUCUCAAAUCAAUCAUGUAGCUCACUAAAUAAAUGUUUUUAUGGGUGAAUUUUGAUUUCUGAUUCUCUGUUCUGAAAUCGGUCAGUUGGUAUUAGAUAGCUGAAUGCGUACACACACUGGAGUAUCCUUCUGCAUCUUAAUAUUCCUCAUGUAUUAUGCAUGCAGUGACUGAAUCAAUAAGAUAAAAAGGUUUAUACUGAUCAAUACUGUCCCAAAGUGGAAAAUCGUUAAUGUAAAAUAUAAAGAUCAU